AUGACGGUUGAUGGAGGGCCAGAUGAAAAUCCGCGUUAUCAAAAAGUCAUAGGGUUUGCUAUACAACAUUUUAAACGACAUGAUCUCGAUGCAUUGUUUAUAGCUACCAAUGCUCCUGGAAGGAGUGCGUAUAACAGAGUAGAGCGAAGAAUGGCUCCUCUGAGUCGGGAACUGGCUGGUUUAAUACUGCCUCAUGACCAUUUUGGGUCUCAUUUGGAUGAACGUGGCAUUACAAUUGAUGAACAAUUAGAAAGAUAUAAUUUCGAAUUUGCAGGAAAUGUAUUAGCUGAAGUAUGGAGUUCAAUGGAAAUUGAUGGCUAUAAUGUUACUGCAAAAUAUGUUGAGGCUGAUGAACAAGAUGUUCCUGAAUUUCCAGACAUUAAAUGGUACUCAGAACAUGUGCGUGAAAGCCAAUACUUGCUUCAAAUUGUAAAAUGUAAAAAUACAGAAUGCUGUCGUCCAAGAAGUGGCCUAUUCAGAUUACUAGACAACAGGUUUCUUCCACCACCUGCAAAAGUAAAACAAACAGUUGAUGACUUGGUUUUGGAUGAAGGAGGACAAUUUCUUGAUCUUCCAGUCAAUUUAGCUCUACGCUUGAGUACUACCCUCAAAGAUUUUUUUGACGAUCCAGCCGAUCAAAUUUUAUAUAAACAUUAUUUAAAAGUUCGUAAUGGAUAUUUAUUAGUGGGUCCAAAUAAAAUUCUAUUACCAACUGGCUACGAAACUUACGCGGAUCGCAUUAAAAACUUCCAAAUACAACCGGAUGAUGUAUGGAUUACUGGCUACCAAAAAUCUGGAACAAAUUGGUUACAAGAAUUAGUAUGGUGUAUUGGAAAUAACUUACAUUUUGAGAAAACUAUCACAUUAUUCCAACGAUUUCCAACAUUGGAAGCAUCAAUGUAUUUCGAUACAAAUAAAAUGGAUUUAUCGCAAUUACCGCAACAUUUAAUCGAUUCAUUCGCAUAUUGUGAUCAUUUAAAAUCGCCACGAUUUAUUAAAACACAUUUACCGUACUGUUUAUUACCGGAUGAAAUUCAUACGAAAAAGCCGAAGAUGAUUUACAUUGCUCGAAAUCCACGUGAUAUAUGUGCGUCGUAUUUUAACAAUGCAAAGUUAUUCGAAUUCUUUUCGGGCGAUUUAAAUGAUAUAGUUAAAUUAUUCGUUAAUGAUAAAUUAAUGUUUGCCCCGUAUGUGAAACAUGUAGAAGAAUUUUGGAAUGCUUCGAAAUUGGAACCAGAUCGUAUACUAUUUUUACGGUAUGAAAAUUUAAAAUUACAUACACGUGAUGUUAUUAAACAAGUUGGUGAAUUUAUGGAGAAACCAUUAACCGAGGAAAAUAUCGAUCGCCUAGAAAAACAUAUUGAUUUUGAAGAAAUGAAAAAUAAUUUAGCUGUAAAUCGUCGUGCUAUCAAAUUUUUAAAUGUACAUCCUGAUUCACAUUUUAUACGUAAAGGUGCAAUUAAUUCGUAUAAAAAUGAAUUAUCAGAUGAAUCGAUUAAAAUGUUAGAUGAAUGGGUUGAGAAAAAUAUUGUUGGUACCGAAUUAGAAUUUUUAAUUCAAUGA